CAUCACCGAGUCUCUCUUAGAAGGCCGGUGUUUUUAAGGAUUCAGGCACAGACGGCAGACGGCAGGGCCCGGUCAGCACCUUCUCUUGAAGCAAAAUCUCUGGCUGCCCUUUCGUCCGCAAACUGCCGUACAUCGUGCCGUCCACCUAAAGACGCGACUCGCUGCGCUCUCGAACGUCAGGUCUUACUCACCUGUGGUGGCACUCCUUGAGACACCAGAAAUGGCCCCGCGGCAAUGCCAACUGUGCUCCUCAGCGCGAGCUGUCCUAAAACGCCCGAAGACUGGACAACAAGUCUGCAAAUCUUGCUUCUUCUAUGUCUUUGAAGAGGAAGUGCACGAGACCAUCGUCAAUGCACGGCUCUUCACCCCCGGUGACCGUGUCGCCAUUGGUGCCAGUGGCGGCAAGGACUCGACUGUCCUGGCGCACGUGAUGAAGACGCUGAAUGAACGGCACAGCUAUGGCUUGGAGCUGUUCCUGCUUUCGAUCGACGAAGGGAUCACUGGGUAUCGGGAUGACAGCCUGGAGACGGUUAAGCGUAACCAACAGCAGUACGACUUGCCGCUCAAGGUUCUCGGCUACCAUGAGCUGUACGGGUGGACCAUGGAUGAUAUAGUCAGAUGUGUCGGGCGGAAGAAUAACUGCACAUUCUGCGGUGUGUUUCGAAGACAAGCUCUGGAUCGGGGUGCGGCCAGCUUGGGAGUAGACCAUAUCGUGACAGGGCACAAUGCAGAUGACAUAGCAGAGACUGUACUUCUUAACGUAUUGCGAGGGGACAUAUCGCGAUUGGCACGUUGUACAGAGAUCUGCACUCGUAGUGCCGAGGGCUCGGAUGAAGAAUCGCAUAGCAGCGGUAUCCGACGUAGCAAGCCCUUCAAGUACGCUUACGAGAAGGAGAUCGUCAUGUACGCGUACUUCAAGCGACUAGACUAUUUUAGCACCGAGUGCAUAUACUCUCCCAACGCUUACCGCGGCUACGCCCGCACCUAUCUCAAAGACCUCGAGUCGGUCCGCCCAAGCGCGAUCAUCGACAUCAUCCAUUCAGGCGAACAGCUGAGCAUCAGUGGCGAUGCCAAGAUGGCCCAGCAGCGAACGUGCUCGCGAUGCGGAUACAUCUCUUCGAAUGAGCUCUGCAAGGCUUGUGUGCUGCUCGAAGGCCUGAACAGAGGGAUACCCACGCUUGGCGUCAGGAGCGAAAAGUCAAGAGUCAACAAGGCAGCUAUGGAGAACGCCAAGGGGAGCGACGUUGGAAGAAUGAUUCCGAAGUUCGAAAGGGUCAAUAUGCAAGCUGUCAGGUCUGGCGCGCCCAUCGAGCGGUCAACAGCAGAAACUAGCAAAGUCGCAGAAGGCGUAGCGCGCUGUGACUUUUAGCGUGGCCACAAGCGCCUGAAGAUUGUUUGCAAUUAGGCGUGGCUGUCCGGAUUUCAAUGCCUACCCUUGGCCUUUCAUGACACAGAUCAUCUCAGCUCCGCUCCCACCAACUUCUUCCCACAAGCGGUCAAACCUGUACUGUACUUAUAACCAUGUAGCAUACGUCAAACCCAC